GCUCUCAGACGACGUUAUCCCUUGCCCGUGAAAAGACCGUCGAAUCGACUGCGACGUCGGUGUCCAAGUGAACAAAAAUUUUCCAAACCAAUCCAAGUAAUUUUCCCUGCCCAGGUCAAAUCAUUCCAAAUUUGGUGGCAAAAUGUUCUGAAUUUGCGUGGAAAGUUCAUCGUCGAAAGGAAAAACGGUUGCAGAUGUUGGGGAAAAGUGUGGAAAAGUGCCAAUCGCUGCUGAGGUGUCACAUCGCAACAUCUGUGAAAAAUGGUGGAAAGUGAAAAACCAUAAAGGCUGACUUAUUUUGACAAGCCCCGUGAAAAUUCGAGUGCAAGUGGGGAGGGCAAAGAUAGAAGACGAGAACAGGCUGGAAACAGGGUGUUGUGGUUUACUGGUGGCGAGGGCGAGGUGAUUCCUCUUUCGGCAGCCACAGAGCGUUGAAGUUGGCAGGCUAAAGCAAGCAGUAUUGCAUGUACGUGAAAAUAUGAUGGUUAAAGCAGUAGCAGUAGUAGCAGCAGCAGCAGCUGGUUGUUUUGGACAUCUUUGAAAAGCUUCUGAAGCGGAAAAUCUUCAGUGCGGUGGUGGAGUGAUACAUUGACGCCAGGAUUGGAAUUUGUUGCGUUUUUUUUCGCUACGGGAGUAUCAUCAGUGAGUGUGACUCUUGCGGUCCAUAUUUGAGCAGUGUGUGUCUGGAUAAGGAUAACUAAUAGCCAGCAGCAAUAUGUCGAUCCAAACAGAUAAUAUUGAUUUUAAAGAAAAGCUCAUAGCAGCUGUCAAGAAAGAGGUGAAACAGGUGAUGGAGGAAGCGGUCACCAAGAAGUACAUCCACGAGGAAUCCGGCUCGGUGACUUCACUCUGCGCCGCUGUGGAAGCCUGUCUCAGUCAAGGCCUGCGGAGGCGAGCCCUCGGUUUGUUCAAAACCUCCUCGACUACGGCACUGCUGCACAAGGUGGCCAAGCACUGCACUGAGGCUGCUGCAAUCAGUAAGAAAGUCCAGGAAAUUGAAAACAACGAUCCAAACAAGAGGUCUUCUUCAAGUAGUGAUAGCACCAUUAAACCACCAAUUCUUAAGAAAGGCAGCAGUCAUUCGGUGUCGACAACUACUUCACCCACGACUCCACCUGUUGUCAAAUAUCUCUGGAUCCGAUUAGCACUAUAUGAGAAAAAACUAUCGCGUAUAAUUGAUCAUUUGGUAACGAACGCAACACGGUACUACGAGCGAGACUCCCUGGUUGCCGAUCCAGACUACGGGUCCAUACUGAGCUCUCUACUGGUAGGACCUUGCGCACUAGACUACUCUCGGGCCAAAACGGCAGAUCACUACUGGACGGAUCCGCCGGCCGACGAGCUGGUCCAGCGGCAUCGUAUCAGUUCGGGAAAUCCAACGUCACCGGCCAUCCGUAGACCAAUGUUGAACUUUAAGCGUAGUCUACACACCAGCUCCGAAGAGGGUAGCAUGGCUUCGUUCAAGUCUAACUCGCUGGUGUCCGCCUCGAAAGACUACGUGGAGUCCUUGCACCAGAACUCCCGUGCCACUCUGCUGUACGGGAAGAACAACGUAUUGGUACUGCCGAAAGAAGUCAGUGAACCGAUGCCCGGUUACCUCAGCCUACAUCAGACGAUUCAGUCGUUGACCAUUAAGUGGACACCGAAUCAGCUGAUGAAUGGCUAUACCGAGUCGGAGAACAUCGAUAAAAGUUCUUACUGGGCGUACGCAUUGAACGUCAAUGUGGAUGAAAUCGUGUACGUCCACUGCCACCAGGCUCGCGGAGGUGAUACUGGCGGUACCAUAAUUCUAGUAGGACAGGACGGUGUCCAACGACCGCCGAUACAUUUUCCCGAGGGAGGACAUAUGGCAGCGUUUCUCAGCUGUUUGGAGACAGGCCUUCUACCGCAUGGUCAGCUAGAUCCUCCCCUUUGGUCGCAACGUGGAAUCGGGCGAAUCUUCCCCUGGCCGCACAAAUCCCGUCGUAGACCACUGCCGUCGCUCCUGGAAGCGGCCACUAGCGAUGAACUGCCGAUCGAUUACGUGUUCCGCGUUGUCAACAAAGGCAACACCGAUGAAUUUUUGGCAAAUCAUCCAAUUCUGGAGCUGGGACGGACGAGCCCACGUUACCGGGCGCAGCUGAGCAGCUGUUCGACGAACGAAAGCAGCGACUGCUCCAGCAAAAGUCUCUCGAUAGAUGCAAUGUCAAUCGACAGUCCAAACCCGGUAACGAACCAAUCCACAAGCAUUGCCCUAGUUUGCUCAACGAUGAAGAGGCAGAUAAUAUCUCGCGCCUUUUACGGUUGGCUGGCGUACUGCCGGCAUUUAUCUACGGUCCGGACUCAUCUGUCAGGCUUGGUCAACGGAAGGAUUACUCCUGAUGUUGGUGCCGAAGAGGGUUUAACCAAAGCCCGUUGGGAUGAGUUACACGACGACAGGGGAGUUGUGGCAGACGACCAGGAAGUCUACCGUUUGGUCUACUACGGUGGAGUUGAACACGACAUACGGAAAGAGGUUUGGCCGUACUUGUUAGGACACUACACCUUUGGAACGACUCCGGAGGAACGUGCCGAUUUGGACGAAACCACCAAGCAUUACUACGAGACGACGAUGAGCGAAUGGUUGGCGGUCGAAGCCAUUGUUCGCCAGAGAGACAAGGAGAAGACGGCGGUGGCGGUUGCCAAGCUCAGUUCGGGCAGCGGAAGCUUGGAGAACAAAAGCAAGGACGCCGAAGAGGAAGAGAUGGAGAACGAGGUGUUCGAGGAGAACGGCUUCUCGGAUAUGUCCGAGCCGGAAAUGGAGGACGAUGAAGAAACUACGAAACCUAAGCUCCCGGAAGAGCCGAGAGAAGAACCAAAGGAGGAGUCCGAGAAAGCUGACAUAGAAGAAGGCGAAAAACUAAGCUCCCCAGACAGGCUGGAACUUCCCCUCUCCGAACACAGCCAAAACAUAGACAGCAACAAAAGUUCACCAUCAGAUUCUUCGUACGCCACGGUCGGCAACGACUUUGUGGACGUAGCCGAUAUGCUGCCAGUAACGAGCAACGAAAAUGUACUGCCCAAUGACGAAGAAGACGGCAUCAGGGAUUCGGAUUUGGAUGAUUGUCCGAUGCAGUCGCCAGGACAUCCCAGAGCUGUGAUUGUGACUGAUGCGUCCAUCGAUGUGACAAUGAUCAACGAUGGUAAGGAACAGAACAACAAUACGCUGGAGGCCCUGCCCGAGGAGGGAAUUACCAGUCAGCUGGACGCACUGCAGGAACCAAAGUCGACUUGUGUGUCGCCGGCGAGUUCUAAUGGGGGGAUUUAUAGCAGCGAACUUUUGGAAUCCUUUGGACUGAAUCUUCACCGCAUCGAGAAGGAUGUUCAACGAUGUGACCGCAACUAUUGGUAUUUUGCCAACGAAAAUUUGGACAAACUGCGGAACGUCAUUUGCACAUACGUAUGGGAACACCUGGACGUCGGCUACAUGCAGGGUAUGUGCGACCUGGUGGCCCCACUGCUGGUGAUCUUCGAUGACGAGUCUCUCAGCUAUGGUUGCUUCUGUCGAUUCAUGGAGCGUAUGAUCGAGAAUUUCCCCAACGGAGGAGCGAUGGAUAUGCACUUUGCUAAUAUGAGAUCGCUAAUCCAAAUCUUGGACUCGGAGAUGUACGACCUGAUGCACGCCCAUGGAGAUUACACCCACUUCUACUUCUGCUACCGAUGGUUCCUGUUGGACUUCAAGCGAGAGCUCAUCUAUUCGGACAUUUUCUCUGUGUGGGAGGUGAUUUGGGCGGCGAAGCAUGUGGCAUCGGCUCAGUUUGUCCUGUUUUUGGCACUGGCUCUGCUGGAAACCUAUCGGGACAUCAUUCUGUCGAACAGCAUGGAUUUCACCGAUAUCAUCAAGUUUUUCAACGAAAUGGCUGAGCGGCACAACACCCCUGCAGUACUGAAACUGGCUAGGAAUUUGGUGCUUCAGUUGCAAACAAUAAUCGAAAAUAAGUAAGAUGACAUUGCAAAAACAUAGAUUGGUUUAGGCUGUUGUGUAAAGAAAAUAACAAGAUAAAUCCAAGCUGGGUGUCGUAAGCUGUUGUAAGCAUAUAAACUGUGGAUCAGUUUAGUUGGACUGGAAUCCAACUAUUGAAGUACGUUGAAAGUUACUGAUGCAACCAUAAUGGACCCUUUUUUGUUUCCGAUGAGGAAUCAACCAAACCAGUGAAAUGCAUAUUUGUCUAUCCUACUGGUUAUGGCCGUUAUUCAAUAAUUCACCAGUAGAUGGAGUACUAGUUAUAAUAAUGAGCAUAAAUGUCAAUGUACUGUCAAACGUAUGUCACUGUUACCUUCUUGUAUACAAAACAAAACGAAACUAAAAUAGGUACUGUAUCUAUUGUUUUAAAUUCCUGCUUAUUCUAGGAAUAUGUUGUCGUGAAGGAUGAGUGUUUCUAUUUUACACACCUAUAAGUCGUCCUUUGUGCGUGUAUAAAUCAAUACCUACUAUUCAUGUAUACUGUUGUGUCUGUAAACUGUUGCUAUUCAUAUAUUUAUACACCUUUUUAAAGUGUCCAACUGUAACUAGUUAUCCAAAUAAGCAAAUAAUUAUUUUACUCUCAUAAAACCACAGAAAUUUUUAAAUUGUUUUAGACUAUUCGUUGAAAUGGUACAUUCCAAAAACAGACACUAUUUUAAAGAUUAAACGAUGAGAUAUUUACCAAACCAAAAGCAUUGCUUUCGAUUGCUGAACAAUUAUCCUUACACUACUGUUACACGAUGACGAGCAGCAACAAACGACUGUUACAGAGCUGAAUUUAGCGCGCUCCAAGAGCACACACCCUUACACAACUAAUUAUAUUACAAAUUAGUUUCACAUUUUAACCCCACAAACAAUAUGUUACAAAAGAAAAAAAAAAUCAGUGUCAAAUCACAAUACCACAAAAUAUCUUGAGAAAUGAAUCUUAUGAAUCAUUACAAAUAUAUUUAUAUAUUAUUAUAUAGAAGCUCGUCUGCGGUCGCUCACAUCCAUCACCGAACGGGAUUUGAACCCAAGUCCUCGUGAUGCGAAUUCCGGGUGUCGUCUAGAGGUUGAGCAGAUCGGACGAGCCGGAAUAGUGUUAUCAAUUCAUCACAUCUUCCAAUAGUAGUUGGUAAAAUCUAAAGAAUAAAGAAAAAGAAAUGAAGGAAUACAAUUUUCGAGUACGGGCAGCCCGAAGCUGUCUGGAAAAUAUUUGCCUAUAGAUGAUACUGUUUAUAUAUGAUAUAAGACUAUGAAAUAUAUUGUAUUACAAAUACACAGUAUGACCACACACAAAACCUAUGGAAGCGGCACAACGUGUGAGACUGCGGGACGCUUUGGAUUUGGACUGCGAAUCGGUGAAAGCGAUUUGCGGGGAUGAACUGUAUGAGUGAUCUAUAGUUUAUUUUUUUUACACAUCCAGAAAUCAUACUUACAAUCAUAAGUUGUUGACCUUUUUAUAUUGAGUACAUAAAUAGUUCAGCAUUUAGAGAGUCUAGAUAAACCAGCCAUUUUUAAUGUCAAUCAAUAUAUGGAAUGUGAUAAUUGAGUUCCUUUUAGUUAAAUUUUCAUCUGCUAUUCCUACAGUUCUUCCUCGCAGCAGAAUAUAAUAUAUGACAAUUGUGAGCGAUACAGUAUUUGUGUGAGCAAGUACAAUGCAACAUUUGGAGGUAAAUUACAAUAUAAAUAAUACUGAAAAUCA